AGCUGGCGAGUGCCCCCAACCCAACUCGGGACCGCGAAGUAGGGCGACCGUUUCGCUGUACUAGCUGUGGGAACAAGGAACUUGGAAUCAGGAUCCCCAGACCACUGGGACAAGGACCAAGCAGAUUCAUCCCAGAAAUGGAGAUACUUCAAGUGAGCGCUGAGGAUCCUCAGAUGUCUUCUUUGUUUGCUGAGCCUUUCACAACUUUAGGGCAUUUGGAUAAUAUUACAUUGGUGAUGGUUUUUCAUCCACGGUAUCUGGAGAGCUUUUUGAAAACACAGCAUUAUCUACUGCAGAUGGAUGGUCCACUGCCUCUUUGCUAUCGACACUAUAUAGGUAUAAUGGCUGCAGCAAGACAUCAGUGUUCUUACUUGGUGAACCUUCAUGUCAAUUAUUUUCUACAAGUUGGAGGAGAUCCUAAAUGGCUGAAUGGUCUAGAAAAUGCACCUCAAAAGUUGCAGAAGUUGGGUGAUUUGAAUAAAAUCUUGGCACACAGACCCUGGCUCAUUACAAAGGAGCAUAUUGAACAACUUCUAAAAACUGAAGAACACAGCUGGUCCCUGGCUGAAUUGGUCCACGCUGUAGUACUCCUCACACACUAUCACUCGCUUGCUUCAUUCACUUUUGGCUGUGGAAUCAAUCCAGAGAUCCACUGUGAUGGUGGUCACACUUUCAGGCUGCUCUCCGUUGAUGGUUAUUGCAUUUGUGAUAUAGCAAAUGGCAAUCACGAUGAAUAUAAGAUGCACACCCCUGAUACAGAUAUUACAAUUCCCGAGCCCUCCUGUGAAGUAGAAGCACUCAUGGAAAAAAUGAAGCAAAUACAAGAAUGCAGAGACGACGUUGAAGCUAGUCAAGAGGAAAAGGCCACACGAUUUGAGAAGGAGAAGAGAGAAAGCAUGUUGGUGGGUUGCUCAGAAGAUGAAGAAAUAGCACCAACAAGAGAUGUAUCUCGUCACUUUGAGGACACUAGCUAUGGUUAUAAAGAUUUCUCAAGACAUGGGAUGCAUGUACCUACCUUCCGUGUACAGGACUAUUCGUGGGAAGACCAUGGGUAUUCACUGGUAAAUCGUCUCUAUCCAGAUGUAGGACAACUGAUAGAUGAGAAGUUUCAAAUUGCCUACAACUUGACUUACAACACAAUGGCUAUGCAUAAAGAUGUGGAUACAUCAAUGCUUAGACGUGCAAUCUGGAAUUACAUCCACUGUAUGUUUGGAAUAAGAUAUGAUGAUUAUGACUACGGUGAAAUUAAUCAGCUGUUGGACCGCAGCUUUAAAAUUUAUAUCAAAACUGUAGUGUGUGCUCCUGAGAGGACCACAAAUAGAAUGUAUGAUAGCUUUUGGAGGCAAUUCAAACAUUCUGAGAAGGUUCACGUCAAUUUGCUUCUCAUAGAAGCACGGAUGCAAGCUGAACUGCUUUACGCUCUGAGAGCCAUUACUCGUUACAUGACGUGAAAACUUUGGGCAGUAGUAAUCGAAGGGGCAACUUACCAGGGCUUGUUAAGGGGCUUCUCAACCAGCAGGGGCUAAAAGCCAUGAAAUUAUUUGUGCCAUAGUGUUUAUUACUACUACUGCUACUACUAGUAUUAUUGCAGCUCUUUCCUUAAUGGGAUAUCACUGCUGAUGUUGAGCUUAGUGGUAGGACAGUUGUUCAGAGACAGAAUCAAAUGGAUUCCAGCCUGCUCUAGUUAGCAUGGGAGGCAAUGACUUCUGCCAGACAACUAAUUACCAAAAUCUUUAUGUAUUGUUACAAAUAAAUAAGAAUCUGGAAGAUAAGAAUGUUGCUUUUGAUAUAAGGGUGAAUAAUGUUUUUAUAAAAGUCCUGAUGCUGCUGAACGUGCUGGUUAAAUGAAGAGAUUAGCAAUUCCAGUUAUUAAGCUAUAAACAAAUGCAAGCAAUGCUACGGUCUGAGCCUACGUUGUAUGUGAUGUUAGAGAAGAUCCUUGCCGAUAAUGCAGAGCUGAACAGGAUAUUACAUUAAGAGUUUUGAUUGUUAAGAGAAUCUUUUGCUGUCUGGGUUGGGCUUAUAUCAAACUGAAGCAGUGUGAGACUUUCAAAGCUGCUUAAAAAUCUGCAACUUUGUGAAAAGCUAAAUAGUUGAGAGCAAGGAUAGAUAAUCUACUUCUUCAGUAUUCCUAGAAGCUAUCAAAGGUGUGGAAACAUCCAUUCAGGUAUCAAAUAGCUUCUUAUUAAAACACUCAUUGCUACAGCCUGCCCCUUAAGCAGCAGCUUAUGUAGUUAAACAAGAAAUUAACAUAAGAACAACAAGAACAAAAACCCUGUAAGUGACUUUGACAUAUAUGUGUGAGUGCGUGCAUGUGUAAAAUAUAUGGACACUUUUUGUAUGAAGUCUGUUAGUAUUACUGGGUUGUUUAAAUAAAAAAACAUUUUCCUCUUUUUUCAGACUUCUUACACUAGUAUCAAUUCAUUACAAAAUAGACUAAUGAAUGCUGUGUCUGGUGUGCAUUACUAAUUUGUGUUUGAGAGAAAAAACGACAAAAGUUAAACUGCAAUUCUUGACAGUUCAACAGGAAGCAUCUGCUAUUUCCUUUAUUCAAAAAUGCAAGGCAAAUGCUGAUCCAAAACAUAUAAGCCAAAUGUGCAAUUUUAACUUGGCUUUGGCUAAAAAUGCCCAUUUCAUUCCCUCUAUAUGAAUUUCAUUUGUGAAAUCAAGAAACUAUCGUCACUUACCAAAUUAGCUUAUCAAUAAAUGGACAAGGAUUAUAAUCUUUUCACAUAAAUACAUUUACAAUUGUUUAAAAAUCAAAAUCUGCCUUUAUACUGUGACUUUUCAAUAUAUUUUUUAAUUUUUGGGUGGAGAAUGUUAGUCUGAAUCAUCUAAAAAUUAAUGUUGAAAUUCUUGACCAAAUGCAAUAUUAGUUCUAUACAUUAAAACCUAACAAAAUUAUUUAA